AUGUACACUCCGCAGCAUCUGAACGAAGCAGCUCUCAUUGUGGCUUGUAACUCCUUUCAAGAACAGCUUCAAGACGAACGCCGCCGGUCUCGCGAGCUCGAGGAGCAAAACCAUCAGUUGAAGCGGCUCCUCACUGAGUACCAACUCGUUCGACCCGAGGACUACGAUUCUCGUACUCCUGACCGAAACGACAGUGCGUUGUUACUUACUCCAGCGGCAAUGUUCGACGGCACUCCUGUGGUCGGCGGCGGCUACUGCCUGCCUGAGCUUUUGAAGCAGCUAGAUCAAGAACAAGAAGCCUGUAUAUUCAUCGUUAGGAAGAUUCAUAAACUGCGUUUCCAAUCAGCGAGUAUUCUAGAGCAGUACUUCUCUGGGUUCGGCGAAGUCAAGAAGGUUCUCUUAUUGCCGUGGAGGCGCCAGAAGUCCGUCGGCCCCCACCCGGGCAAGGCUCGUCCCGCCUCUAUGGGCUUUGUCGUAAUGAAGUCUCCCAUGGCGGUUUCCAAUAUACUCGCGUUAUCGCAGCACACUGUAGCUGGUUGGCCCAUCAGCGUUCAAGUGUUUGAGCGCCAGGCAGACAAGUGCGGAGGAGAUUCGAGACGGUCUAGUAUCACUUCGGACUUCUUCACCUACGAAUGGUCAUCUCCAGCGAGCACUGCUGCCACUCCUGCGGUCGAGCCUGGGCCUUUCACGGUUGAUAGUGGCAAUCCUGUCGAUAACGACGACUACUCGCCCGCACUCUUUGCUGCGGAGUCAGUCCUUAGAGGGCUCACUGAUGACUUCGCUAACCCAACAGGCUAUUGCCACGAAUAUGCCCCCUCAGUUGAGGACCUCUCAGUAUCCCCUUUCUCCUUUAUAUCACAACCGGUGAAUCCGGACCGUACGCCGCAGUAG